GGCGAGAGGGGGAGGGGGAGCUCCGCACGAGACCGAGCGGCCCGGGUUGGAGCGCCCAGCCCCGCAGCGGAUCAUGGUGCAGCAGGCCGAGAGCUUGGAAGCGGAGAGCAACCUGCCCCGGGAGGCGCUGGACACGGAGGAGGGCGAAUUCAUGGCUUGCAGCCCGGUGGCCCUGGACGAGAGCGACCCGGACUGGUGCAAGACGGCGUCGGGCCACAUCAAGAGGCCGAUGAACGCGUUCAUGGUGUGGUCCAAGAUCGAGCGCAGGAAGAUCAUGGAGCAGUCUCCGGACAUGCAUAACGCCGAGAUCUCCAAGAGGCUGGGGAAGCGGUGGAAAAUGCUGAAGGACAGCGAGAAGAUCCCGUUCAUCCGGGAGGCGGAGCGGCUGCGGCUCAAGCACAUGGCCGACUACCCCGACUACAAGUACCGGCCCCGGAAAAAGCCCAAAAUGGACCCCUCGGCCAAGCCCAGCGCCAGCCAGAGCCCCGAGAAGAGCGCGGCGGGCGGCGGCGGCGGCGCGGGCGGCGGCGCGGGCGGCGCCAAGACAUCCAAGGGCUCGAGCAAGAAAUGCGGCAAGCCCAAGGCCCCUACGGCCCCCGCGGCCGGCGGCGCCAAGGCCGGCGCGGGCAAGGCGGCCCAGCCAGGGGACUACGGCGGCGCGGGCGACGACUACGUGCUCGGCAGCCUGCGCGGGAGCGGCGCGGCCGGCGGCGGCGGCGGCGCGGGCAAGACGGUCAAGUGCGUGUUCCUGGACGAGGACGACGAGGACGACGAGGACGACGACGAGCUGCAGCUGCGGAUCAAGCAGGAGGCGGACGACGAGGACGAGGAGCCGCCGCACCCGCAGCUCCUGCAGCCGCCCGGGCAGCAGCCGCCGCAGCUGCUGAGACGCUACAACGUCGCCAAAGUGCCCGCCAGCCCCACGCUGAGCAGCGCGGCCGAGUCCCCCGAGGGCGCGAGCCUCUACGACGAGGUGCGGGCCGGCGCGACCGCGGGCGCCGGGGGCGGCAGCCGCCUCUACUACAGCUUCAAGAACAUCACCAAGCAGCACCCGCCGCCGCUGGCGCAGCCCGCGCUGUCGCCCGCGUCCUCGCGCUCCGUCUCCACCUCCUCCUCCUCGUCGUCCUCCUCGUCCAGCAGCAGCAGCGGAAGCAGCAGCAGCAGCAGCGGCGGCGAGGACGCCGACGACCUGAUGUUCGACCUGAGCUUGAAUUUCUCCCAGAGCGCGCACAGCGCCAGCGAGCAGCAGCUGGGGGGCGGCGCGGCGGCCGGGAACCUGUCCCUGUCUCUGGUGGAUAAGGAUUUGGAUUCGUUCAGCGAGGGCAGCCUGGGUUCCCACUUCGAGUUCCCCGAUUACUGCACGCCCGAGCUGAGCGAGAUGAUUGCGGGGGACUGGCUGGAGGCGAACUUCUCCGACCUGGUGUUCACGUAUUGAGAGGGGCGCCCCGCUUCUCGCUCUUUCUCUCGGCGGGUGCAGAGCAGGGUUCCUUGGGAGGAGGUCGUGGUGGUCGUGAGGAGGGGGGGGGGAGGAGGUGUCGAUGGUGGUGGCGGUAGGGUGGAGG